GAAAUGUCUGUGCAACAUGUGCAGUAUAUACUGUGCAGGCUGAUAAUGGGUGAUGUGCAAAUAGGUCCAGUCCAGACUCUUGUCCUGUGUGUUGUCUCAGGUUGAGGGUCUGAAUGACUUGAAAAUCUCCUCCUCAUUCUCUGUGUUGGUCUUCAGAGAGCAGAAGUGCUUUCCUGAGCUCAACAGAGAGAAGAUUCCAUUGUUUGGAUGUUUCAUUUAUACGUUCCCUCAGUUUCCCAUAGCCUAUUUAAUUCUGAUUAUUUGGUAUCCACCAGCUGUUUUUAAACUAUCCCAAAAAACACUGUCUUCUUAUCAUCCUCAACCUCGUUCUAUAUCUAGUCUAAUUUGACAUAAGAAACAGAGCUUUAAUUCUGCAUUUCUUAUGCUGUGGCCUAUUUUAUUUUAUAGGGCUGGUCAGAUAUAAUCAGAGCACAGAAAAUACAGAAUAUGUGAACUACCAAAAAGUUCAUUCAUUCAUUGUACUUGUUCAUAUACAAGUCUUCUUCAAGUCAGCAAAUCACAAAAAAAGGAAAAUUUGGACAGAAAACAAUAAAAGGGUUAGGUUCGUAAAAUCCCCUGAGAACAAUGAUAUGAAUAUUCUUCUAUGAAGUUUGUGAAAGAAAGCAUUUAGACCACACACUCUUUUGUAGAAUCAGUGCAAAAAAAUCAUUAAUAACAUUAACAACAAAACUCUGAACAAUUCAUGGUUUAUCACUCUGCUGUUUCUUUAAGACCUUAAUUGCAGUGAACUGUCAAGACGCUCAUCACGCAAGGUCUUCUGAUACUUUGCAAAAGUCAAGGUGAAACACAUUAAACACAAAUAAAGAUAUUCUCAAUAUUCGCAUCACUAUUAGCUACAGUCAAUCCUAGCAACCGUGAUACAUUGACUCAUAAUCUAAUGAUUUUCAUGAUUAUUUUGUGCUUUAAAAAUGGUUAGCUAAUUCUGAUUAUUCAGUCAACCCUUAACAAAUGACUACUUUAUUUUUUCCAGACAAAACCUGUAUUAUAACAUAAUAAAACUGUUAUCUCUGCUUUAAUACCCUUGAUAGGUCAUUAUCUAAUGAGGAGAAUCAGGGUUUGUGGAACAGCUGUGACUGUACAGGAAGUCCAGAACACUGAGUGCUUAGCACCGAGAUGGGAAAGCCUAGGUGUUGUUCACAGGAAAUAGCUCAGGGACUGUUUAGUCUGCAGUAUGCACAAUAACAGCCAGGGUUUUUACUGAGGCUCCAGCUCUAAAAUGUUGAUUUGAAUGCGAAUCCUAUUUGUGAAGCCAUUUAUGUCAGUUUAAAUUAAUAUUCCUGAUGUGGCCAAAAUGUGAGGUCAUGUAACAUGUUUAGGGGGAAAGGACAGUAGCACUAAAAACAAAACCUGCCAUUCAGAGAUGAUGCCAUUAAAUACCUUUUUGUUCUCAGACAAAGUUUCUCUCACGCUGUCUGAAGGUCUGUGAAUUACCUCUGACCUCCAACCAUAAAAACACGUCAACAGACAAGAUGAAAGAGAGAAUGAUGAGGUCAACCUUGGUCACACACAUGCACACACAGUUUUAUACAACGUCCACUCUUUCAGAUGCUUUCAUUCAAAUUUAUUCAUUAUUGAACUUCAAAUUUAAUCCUUUCUGUAUUUCAACAGCUAAUAUUAUAUGUCUUCUAUACUCUUUAACUAGUACUAUAUGCUCUUAUCUAUUUACUAUAUGCGUUUACAUGUAAUGUAAUGUAAUUAAUGUUCUCUUUCUAUGUGUGUCUGAGAGAGAGAAAAAAAGAGGGAGGGGAGAGAGAGAGACAGACAGUUUCUCAGUUUUAGAGCAUAUUUGUGCAUAAAUACAGUCUAAAUACAGAAUGCCUAAGAGAACUUCUUCGAAGGAGCUGUAUGGAGAGUACAGGGAGCAGGUGGGUAAUUUUGCCCAGAAGGAGGCCGCACGUCUGCUAACCGAGAACCAGUCAAAAAGACAUGCUGGCCAUGCUAGAGCAAUCAGGAGAGGGUACGGCCGAGCGCAUCGUGUCUCCUUAGAAACAGGACCCAUGACCCCAGGAUUAAGCCACUCCUCCUCAAUAAAAAAACCCCAACCUUACUCAAAAUGCCAAGACUGCCUGAGGCGGGUCCAGAGGUAUAUAAUAACAAAGCUUGGGGAGGACUGGAUUUUCCUGGUGCUGCUGGGUUUCACCAUGGCUCUAGUCAGCUGGAGUAUGGACUAUGCCAGUGCAAAGAGCCUGCAAGCUUACAAAUGGAUGUAUGCAGAGCUGAAAGGGAAUGUGCCACUUCAGUAUUUGGCCUGGAUCACAUAUCCCAUAAUUCUCAUUGUGUUUUCCUCUGUCUUUUGCCACUUGGUCUCCCCACAAGCUAUAGGCUCUGGUAUACCAGAGAUGAAGACCAUUCUACGCGGAGUUGUGCUGAAGGAAUAUUUGACUCUAAAAGCCUUUGUGGCUAAAGUCAUUGGCCUGACUGCCAGCCUGGGCAGUGGCAUGCCUUUGGGAAAAGAGGGCCCUUUUGUUCACAUUGCAAGUAUCUGUGCUGCUGUGCUGAGUAGAGUAAUGUCCUUCUUCACGGGAGUGUACGAGAACCCCUAUGGUUACACUGAUAUUCUGACAGUGGGGUGUGCUGUAGGGGUCGGCUGCUGUUUUGGCACUCCUCUCGGAGGUGUGUUGUUCAGUAUUGAGGUCACAUCCACCUAUUUUGCUGUGAGGAAUUAUUGGAGAGGAUACUUCGCUGCUACGUUCAGUGCAUUUAUAUUCAGAGUGCUAUCUGUGUGGAACAAAGACUCUGUCACAAUUACAGCUCUGUUCCGCACAAAAUUCCGGAUGGACUUUCCAUUUGACCUGCAGGAGCUGCCAGCGUUUGCUGUCAUUGGGAUCUCAUGUGGAUUUCUGGGGGCUUUCUUUGUUUAUCUGAACAGACAAGUUGUUCUGUUCAUGAGAAGACAAACAGCACUCACUCAAUUCCUUACAAAAUAUCGGUUGAUUUACCCUGGUGUGGUGACUCUCAUUAUUGCCACCUUCACAUUUCCGCCAGGCUUCGGACAGUUUAUGGCCGGUGAGCUGAUGCCGAGAGAGUGUAUCAACUCCCUGUUUGAUAAUUUCACCUGGACAAAAGUCUGGGACCCCACCUUGGAACCGGGCCUGGGCCGCUCUGCCGCCUGGUUCCAUUCAGAAGUCAGCAUCUUCAUCAUCCUCAUUCUCUUUUUCAUCAUGAAGUUUUGGAUGUCUGCAGUAUCAACAACGAUGCCUAUUCCCUCAGGCGCCUUCAUGCCUGUCUUUAUUCUUGGAGCUGCAUUUGGCCGCUUGGUGGGAGAGAUCAUGGCCACACUUUUUCCGAAUGGUAUUCUCUUUGAUGGAAUUGUUUACCGAAUCCUACCUGGUGGCUACGCUGUGAUUGGUGCCGCAGCGAUGACCGGAGCGGUCACACACACAGUUUCGACAGCAGUGAUAUGCUUUGAGCUGACCGGGCAGAUCUCUCACAUUCUACCCAUGAUGGUGGCAGUGAUCCUGGCUAACAUGGUGGCACAGGGCCUGCAGCCUUCUCUCUAUGAUUCUAUAAUCCAGGUCAAAAAGCUCCCCUAUCUCCCCGAGCUUGGUUUUGGACACAUCAGUAAGUAUAAUAUCUGUGUGGAGGACAUCAUGGUGAAGAAGGUGAAGUUUUUGUCUCCUCAGACCACGUACCGUGAACUACUUCACCUAUUGCAGACCACUACUCUCAAAACCAUCCCAGUAGUUGAUUCUAAAGAGUCAAUGAUUUUGUUAGGCUCUAUUGAGAGGUGUGAGCUUCAAGCAGCCUAUGACUGGUGGCUGUCAGCAGAGAGACGGAUUGCUAACCAAGGUCAGGCAAUGCGCAGUCCAGGGUCAGUGGUCAGCUGGGAGUCCUUCAAUUUGGUAGAUGAAGAAGGAGGAGAGGAGAGCAAGGAAAAGGAAAACACAGUCUCUGAGGAGCACAACGGCCCACUGGACACUGUGGGGGAUCCCACCAAUCACGCAGCACCUGGUGAGUCUGGCUCAGGUGUACUCGGGAUCAUGAGGAGCGCACUUCAUCGCCUCUUGUCAAACUCAUCUUCGUCACAGCCGCCUGAGUCACAGGAUACACCGCCCGCUCCUGUAACAGAUAGCAUGACUCCAGAUGAGAUCAAAGCUUGGGAGGAUGCUGAGCUGGAUAAGCCGAUCGAUAUUGAUCAGAUUCGCAUCGAUCCCUCCCCGUUUCAGUUGGUGGAGAGAACAUCGCUGCAUAAGACACACACACUUUUCUCUCUGCUGGGUCUCAGUCAUGCUUAUGUCACCAGCAUAGGUAAACUAGUUGGGGUCGUAGCACUUAAAGAGCUUCAGAAGGCCAUAGAAGGUUCAACCUGCAGUGGCGUGCGUUUGCGCCCCCCGCUGGCCAGUUUCCGAGAUGCCAGCCGUAAAGCCAAGGAGCACCCCCACCCAGCUUCUGCCCCCUCUUCUCCCACUCGAGACAAACAGCUAUGGAGUGAGGGAGAAAAGAAAGAAACGAAAGAUGAAGCAGAGCCCAAAUUGGCCGAGUCCAGAGAAACAGAUCAGUGCAAGGUUAGCAUAGACAGAAACAGCAGAAGUUCCGAUAAUUCAGCUCAGGGGCAGCCGACCUCCACUUCCUCUCCCUCUUCUCCUUCCAUCCCUCUCACAUCUCUCCAUCCCAAACAGGAGACAAAUGGAGAGAAAGAAAGUGAUGAUGAACUGGUUUAAGGACUGUCUUUUUAUUUUUAUUUUUUUCCUUCCACAAACUUAACCCUCUGUAGAGGUCUCUGGUGAGACUCCACUGAGCUUUAGCUGCAGACGGGCUAAAAUGAUAUAAUAUGUGAUGUGAAGUUUUUUCUACAUUUUUCUACAUCUGAUACAGAUCCCUUAUUCUCAUGGCUUAGUCUGUUCCCACCUGUCUCAGGACAUUGUGUAUCCGCCAUCCCUCAGUCUGUCUCACUGUCUGUGUGUCCUUUUAUCUGUUAUUGAGAAGCAGGUGCUUGAACAUAAGAUCUAAUCAGCAUGUUUAAUACUUCCAUUAGCUAGCCGAUCCAUUAAAUUACCUUCCGAAUAAUUUAAGCUAUAGAUUUUUGUUUCUCUUAUUACACUGCUUGAUUACGAUUCAUGAAUCAUUAUUAAAUGAUUAUUAUGGAAUUAUUACCAGUGUCCUCAAAAUGUGAUUAAGAUGUUUUUUGUUGAUUUAUUUUUUUUAUUUUGCUUAUUUAUUUUAUUA